GGAGCUCUGGCAGAAAGAUGGCGGCGGCCGCUGAGUUGACGCUGCUGGAGAAGUCCCUGGGGCUGAGUAAAGGGAACAAGUACAGCGCGCAGGGCGAGCGCCAGAUUCCAGUUCUUCAAACCAACAGCGGUCCAUGUCUAACAGGAUUGGCUACUAUAGCAGCUCAUCUAGUCAAGGAAGCCAACAAAGACUAUUUGCUCGGGAGCACUGCGGAAGAAAAAGCAAUAGUUCAACAAUGGUUAGAAUACAGAGUAACUCGAGUAGAUGGGAACUCCAGUAAAGACGAUAUCCGCAUUCUGUUGAAGGAUCUUAAUUCAUAUCUUGAAGAUAAAGUCUAUCUUACAGGAUAUAACUUCACGUUAGCAGAUAUCCUAUUAUACUACGGUCUCCAUCGCUUCAUAGUUGACCUGACAGUUCAAGAAAAGGAGAAAUAUCUUAAUGUGUCUCGCUGGUUUUGUCACAUUCAGCAUUAUCCAGGCAUCAGGCAACAUCUGUCUAGUGUUGUCUUCAUCAAGAACAGACUAUAUGCCAAUUCCCACUAGAAGCUGCCCAUGCCGUACAGAAGCGAGGUUAAAAAUAUUUUAAAUGGAAGGUGUACUCUGGACCAGAGGACUAAUGUAAAUGGAUACACAGUCGUUCUGUGUUUGCUGAAGUUGAUAGAAUUUUUAAAGUAUAAACGUGUGUCUGAAUGUUUUACAGUUGAAAACUUGCAUUUUUUUAUGUAAAAAUUCAACUGCUGUCAAAACUUGAGUUAAGAUGAAGUUAUAAAUUACUUUGUUUUUAUAGAUGAAAUUUAUUUUAAUGAAAGUUGCAAAUCAGUGGCUUAAUUUUUUUAAAAAUAGUCCUUCUAAUGAUUGACCUAUUUGGCUAUUUAUUGACAUAUCUUUUCAUAUUUUAAAAUUCAUUUUCCCUUACAAAUAUUUACUGUAGUUUGUUUAUUAAGAUCUACAAAACAUUGUGCCAAGGAUAGAGAACGGAAAGACAGAUGUGUUUUCAAAUAUUUAUGUGAAUCAGUAAAUGUGAUUGAAAAAA